AUGGAGGUUUCGGGUCCUUCGGAAAGAAACAAAUUCAUAAUUCCUGGAGAAGAUGAUAAUCAAGACGAAAAACAAAACAUAAUGCGUUUAUCAGUUGAUCCAGAUUAUGGUAAGAAUUCCUAGAUAUUUACAAAAAUAAAUACAUAAUUUAAAUUAUAGAAGAAGAAAAUGAAGAGAAUCGGCCAGCUCCAAUUAACAAAAUAAAUGAGCCGCAGGAGAGAAGUGUGAAAAUGUCAAUUGGAAAUUGGGAUGAUGAUGAAGAAGAUGAAGAUGAGGUUGAAGAAGCCGAAGUUGGACCGAGUAGAAUUGCUCAAGAAAUGUGGAGAUUUCGAGAGAAGGAGAAUUUUGAUUUUGAGGAAAACGAAGAUAUCAAAGCGUUUUUCAAGAAUAAAGUUUCUGAAGCAAUGUUUCCCGGAGUUAAUGUAAGUCAAUUAGGCGUCCCGAAUGUAACUUACGUUUUUGGUUUCAACAUUUUAAUUUUUAAAAAUGAACUGCUUUUGAUUUUUUAUGACGUGAACUAAAAAGAUUGCAUACGUGUAAAUUAACAUUUCAUUUUGCAUUUUAAAUCGUUAUUAAUAUGUAGGACAAGAAUUCUACAAGUUUACCAGCCUAAACUAAAGAAUUAUCAUUUUCAGACGAUUGAAGACAAUUUCGGAUUGAUAAAAUCGAAAAAAGGGCCAAAAAUAAUCGAAGGAUAUUUAUGGGGAGCUGUAAUUGGAGUUGGAUCGUAUGGAAAAGUCAAAGAAGUAUUAGAUACUUUCACAUUAACAAGAAGAGCUGCCAAAAUAAUGAAACACGAUAAAAUCAAGAAAAAUACCAAAUGGUUGGGCGAAUAUUCGAAGUGAAAUCAAAAUUUUGCAAAAUAUCAGACAUCCAAAUGUUAUUAAACUUCAGGAGGUUUGAUUUUGAAAUUUAAUUUUGUUUUUGAAAAAUGAAAGUAUUUUUUAUAGGUUUUCGAAAUUCCGGAGAAAAAGAAGAUUUAUAUGAUAUUUGAAUAUUGUAUUGGUAGUGUUCAGCAAUUAUUAGAUAUCGAACCGGCAAAAAGAUUAACACAAGGAGAAUGUCAUAAAAUAUUUUGUGAAAUGAUUCAUGGGUAAGUUAUUAAAAAUACUCGAAGUAUUUCAAAAAUCAACAACAAAAACCCCCAUUUUCAGACUUGAUUAUUUGCAUUCUCGCCGUAUUUCUCACAAAGAUAUCAAACCUGGUAAUCUUCUAAUCUCGAUUGAUUUUACUAUCAAAAUUUGUGAUUUCGGAGUUGCUGAAGAAAUUUCAAUGUAUCAAGAGAAUGGGAAUUGCACUAAAGUUAAUGGUACACCCAAAUUUCAACCACCCGAAUGUGUUGCUGGAAAUCAUCAAUAUUUUGAGUUAGUUUACUUUUUUCGACAAAUAUUUUUAAAUUUUUCUGUAUUUCAGUGGAUAUAAAGCUGAUAUUUGGGGUGCUGGAGUGACAUUAUACAAUUUGAUAUCUGGAAAAUAUCCAUUUGAUUGUCCAAGACUUAUUCAAUUGUAUGAUUCGAUUGCAAAAGAUGAACUUGUUAUGCCAACUAAUGUUCCCAUUUCAAACUGUUUACAAGAGUAUGUUUUUCAUUUUUGGAAAUUGUUUUUAGUUCAAAACUUUUAGCCUCAUUCAAAAAUUGUUGGAGAAAGAUUUCGAAAAACGAAUCACAACAAAUGAUGCUAUGCUUCAUUCUUGGUUUUUGACAAGUUUUCCGGAGGUUAGUUGAUUUCUUUAGUUUUUGGGGGAUCUGCGGAAGAACGAGGGCAGAACAUCAGGGUUAUUUUUUCAAAAUAAUUAUCGAAUUCUCACCGUGAAAUAUCUGAUCCCUCAUAGUAGAUACAAUAAAUAGAUAUGUUUAAAAAAAUUAUAAAAAAAAAAAAAAUAAUAAUAUGACGUCAUGCCGCCCCCUCUUUUUUGGUCUGCUCUGAAAUUAUUCUGAAAAGUUCUAACAAAAUGUGUAAAUUUGUUCAUUGAAUCGCUCAACCGAAAUCGAAUUAUGCUAUCCGCAUUUCGUAUGAUACAAAAUCAUAUUUAAAAAUUUUGAACGCUAUUUUUAUUUACGCGAACACAUUUAAUUUUUAUUUGUUUUCCUUUCAAUAAUUUUAUUUAUAAUAUUUAGGAUGAGGGACUUGGUCGAAUAAUGGAAAGAAUGAGAACUGGAGAUCGGCCAUUAACAAUGCGUCCAUCAAUGGAAAUAUUAUUUGAAAAAGAUGUUGGCGAAUUUCAAAAUAAUGCAAGUGGAAAUUCGGAAAUGGCACCACUCACUUAUGGUGGAGAAUUAGAUUCGGAUGCGUUUAGAGGUUUCAAAUAUUUGAAAAUUGAUCCACAACCAACAGACGACGAAAAAAAUGAGGACAAAAAAUCAGUUGAUAAUUCAAAAAGAAAAAAGGCGAAAAAAUCGAUAUUUUCUUGUAUUUUCAGACCACGAUCUGGCUCUUAA